GAAGUAAGUUCGUCGCGUCACAGAGUCGUGUGGGACUCUCUGAAACUUUCAUCAGGCAUAAGAAAAGUGCAACUUGUACUAAUAUGUGUUAUGUAUAAAAAUGUAUGAAGGAGCAUUUUAAAAUCACAGAAAUUUUUAAAAUACCACAUUAUUUUAUGGUACUUACUGCAUUACGUUUCUGAAUAAUGGAAUUGUAAUAAUGAGGAGCAUUUAUAUUACUUACUUCCUAAAUUUUAAGUGCAAUGUUUACUGUAGUAAAAAAAGAUUCUCAAAAUGAAGACCGAAGGAAAGUGAUUUCUUUACAUUACGCAUUACAAUUGUAAAUAUGUUUUGGUGACGAAAUGUCGUAGGCGUUUGUUGAUCAGCUGGCAAUAAAAAGUCGUGGCUUCUGAGUUGACGGACAUUUGAAUCAGUUCGCCCUUUUUUUAAUAAGAGGAUUUGUAAGUGGGCGAAAGUCAAUGGAAAAAUAUUAUUUUGACAAGGUAUGAAGAUGGCGGUCUUCUGGGUCGAAGUUUACUAAAAUUUCAGAGGUCCUUGCUGCCUCCAUCAUCAGGACAAUAAGUGAGCCGCACGUGUGGAGACUGGAAGAACCUUGGCCUAACCAGUGGACACCUGAGUCGUGGUAUCAGAAGCUGCUUCCGUGAAAGUACGGCCGACACACCAUUUAUUAAAAGUUUUAAACUACUUUUUCUGAACUGUCUAUGUAUUCAUACUCAAAUUUAUGCUCUUGGUAAAAAAUACGAGUCGAUUUUAUUCUAUUGCUUACAAUUUCAAAAUAAUAAUCAUAUAUGUAUUUUAGAGUAUGUGUAACAUUUAAACUUCCACCUUGUUUCGUCUGUACGCGUACAAGGUCACAGUUCGAAUUACGUUUGUUAAUUUUAUGUUCUGAUGGGUCAUUACACUCCAUAAAUACAAUUUUGUCCUCAGAUAAUUAAAAAACACAUGGAAUAUGUUUAGAAAAUUGCAUUUCGAACUUAUUUUCUGGAAGCCACUCAACGCGUGUCCCGUCGUACGUGUACAUUACGUGGUUAACGAGGAGGUGAAUGCCUAAGAUGACGAGGCAGCUGUGAUCUUGUUAGAAAGGAGGUGAAUCAUCUUUCUUCUUGGUUUAUGUCAGUGCCAAAUUUGAUCUGUGAAUUAGAGAAAUCGUGAAAUGCAGUGCUUCUGAUGAAACUCUAAGCAAAGUUAUUAGAGCAGCUCGGAGCGAAUUUGCUUGGAAACUUCAAGGCAGAAAACUGCGAGCCAAAAGCGCAUUUUGGGGGCUGUUCGUGAUGACCUUGGGGAAGUGACCCCAGAAUGUCGGCUGCCGGCCGCCAGACAUUUGGAGAUGAAGUACCAGUGCAAAUGAGUUCUUGCAUUUUAGUUCCUGCGUCACGGUGAAGCUUAAAAUGGGAUCUCGCUGAUAGCCGCGGCCUCCUUUCCCGCAGGGCGGCUGGCAGCAAGUUGGCCCGGAGGACCGUCUCUGGUGGGCGAGUCAUUCUGAACGUAAGGCAACUUAGUAAGGAGGGAGGAAUCCUAGGCGUAGACCUUAUUCACAGCGCAGGAUAAGGACCAGCGAGCACACGUCUAAGCACAAGCUGAACUUCGUGCGUGGCUGACGGCGUCAUGGCGGACACAAGCUGUUGCAAGAUACGCAGGACGACCGCUUCUGACUACGAAGGAAUUCUUCAGUUGAUGCGCUGCUCCUUCUUGAGGGACGAACCGCUCCACGUGGCCGUCGGGCUGACGGAUGAAGACGGCGCGUGCCUGGAAAUGGAGAAGUUCUGUCUGGAGACGCUCGCUGACGGUUUGUCUGUGGUCGCAGUGGCACCCGGUGGAGAAGUAGUGGGUGCGUGUCUCAACGGAUGCCACGAGCCUGGCCACGUGGGUCAGAUGGAGGCUGAGGCUGAAAGUUGCCCCAACCCCAAGUUAAAGAAGAUUCUCCGGUUUCUUGCUACCUUGGAGCGGCGGGCCGACGUCUUCGGCAAGUUUCCCGAGGUCGACAAACUGCUUGAGAUCCGCACCAUCGCGGUGGAUGGUGCUUGGCGCGGCAGAGGCGUCGCGACGGCUCUUAUGGAACGAACCAGACAGAUUGCGCCUGAGCUGGGCUUUGCGCUGAUCAAGGUGGACUGUACGAGCGAAUUCUCGGCGCUCGCCAUGAUGAAGCUGGACGCUCACUGUGUGUUCUCCAUGAAGUAUGCCGACUACUGUGCCCCUAACAGCGAUGAACCGGUGUUCGAACCAGAGCCCCCACACACUGGAGUCAAGACUUUCAUCCAAAUAGUGCCUCAAGGUGAGCACAGCUCACAGGCGCAGUUUGAUACCGAUAGAUCUGCGUCGUGGGGCGUCGAGGAGUUUGAGAAUCGCACUACCAACACUUUUUAGACCAGAAGUGGCGUGCAUAUUUAUUCAUGUAUAUUUGAGAAGCUCUUUCAGGUCCAAAUGCAAAUUUCCCAGAUUUUUGACAAGGUUUCAGGCGAAUUCCCAGAAGAAAAUUAUUACGCGUAAGAAGAAAUUAAACCUCAUAUUCUGACUCGUCUCAGUAAUCUCGAGAUUUUCAGCCGAGGACGAGUCACCCAGUUUCAAUCAUGCGGGCCCACCCACCCCAUUGAGUGAGCACAGCGUGAUUUUCUAGGGGGAUCAUGGGGGAAACUGAGGAUGAAAUUUAUUGGGAAAUAAAUACAAUACACGUGAA